AUAUUGUCAAUUUCCAAUUUCUAUUUCCUCUCUUUUUCUCUCUAGCCAUUACGCUCCUAACAAUCAUCAUCGACCUCUACCAUGGUACCGCUCUCCAAGUUGAAGAGCCUCAGAUUAGUUCGUUUACUCUCUCCUUCUACAUUUGCUUCCAGAGCUGAAAUAUUGAUUGCUAGAGAUCUAAAACCCUCACAUUUUUCUGUUCAAAAUCGGAUACUCUGCAGACAGUUCACCUCAGAAAUCUCAGAAGACCAACACAAUUUCACCGUCAAUUACCUCAUAACCUCAUGUGGGUUGUCGCCAGAAGAUGCGAUUUCAACAUCCAAGUGGAUCAAGUUGCAGUCCCCAGAAAAUGCAGACACCGUUUUGGGUCUUCUGAGAAACCAUGGAUUCUCUACAAUCCAGAUCUCAAAGUUUUGCAAAACCCGCCCACAACUUCUUUUAGCCAGGCCUGAGGAAACCCUUUUGCCAAAGCUUGAGUUUUUCAGCUCUCUUGGAGUUUCAAGGGAGGACCUCGCAAAAACGCUGGUUCUGAAUCCAAAUCUUUUGCAAAGAAGCUUGGAGAAACAGCUUGUGCCCACUUAUAAUUUCCUGAGGAGUCUGCUUCCUGAGAAAAAUAUCGUUUCUGUUUUCAAGUACAACUCGUCGAUUUUCUUGCAAGCCCACACCAAGAAAGUAGUGCCAAAUAUCGCGAUUUUGAGAGAAUUAGGUAUGCCUGAAUCAUGCAUUUCUCUGUUGCUAGCUCAUUGUACUCAUGCUUUGAUACAUGACACUGAAAAGUUUCGCCAAGUUGUGAAAGAGGUUAAGGAAAUGGGUUUUAACCUGGAAAAGUCGACUUCCGUGUUGGCAAUAAGCAUAAUGUGUCGUUCAUAUUAUAAGCGGAUAUUGAAGCGAAAUUGUGAGGUUUAUAGCAGGUGGGGUUGGUCGGAGGCUGAUGUUCUCUCUGCUUUCAGGAGGCGCCCGGAGUGUAUUGCUCUGUCAGAGAAGAAAAUAAUGCAAACAAUGGAUCUUUUAGUGAACAAGAUGGGAUGGUCGUCAGAAAUAAUUCUCAAGUCCCCAUAUGUUUUGAAUUAUAGUUUGCAGAAGAGAAUCAUCCCGAGGUGUUCGGUUGUUAGAGUUUUGUUGUCGAAAGGAUUGAUAAAUACUGAAAAACUGAGCUUACAUUCUGUGUUUGGACCUGUGGAGAAGGAGUUCUUGGAGAGAUUUGUUGACAGUUAUCUGGGUGAAGUACCUCAGUUGUUGUGCGUAUACCAAGGAAAAGUGGAUAUCCAGGACGUAUGAUGUUGCAACUUUUUAACCCCUUGAUGCUGCACGGUCUUGCUUGGAAAAUUGCUUUUGAUAGAAUACACUCAUAUCUUGCUUUAACUAUUCUGGAGAAGAGAGAAAACAACAAUUUAUUUUGUCUACUUAACAAUUUAUUUUGUCUACUUUUCAAAUUAGACGAUAUGAGUUCUCGAACCCAUAUGUUUCUUUUGUCUACUAUUCUAUUGCUGUUUCAGUUUAUUUUUCUACUUAGUGGCCUUGUGAAGAGAUGAACCCAGAUUGAGUGCACUACCAUAAUGAUAUUCCAAUCCUAUAACUCUAUCUUUUCUUUGAGUCAAUGGCAGAGAGAGCAUAUGAAAUAUAAGUUUCGCACACUUUCUUGAUUUGUAAGUGUGUGCACAGGCUAUAUUAAUGGUAUCUUGCAAUGGUUUUCAGACCUUUAUUCCUGCUCUGUUAAUAAUUGUUCCCCACAAGCAGUUGGCCCUGGGUAAGCAUCGUUACGUCAUUGUGAUUCCAUAAGUAUGGGAUUUCUUGUGUUAUGAAAAAAAGAAAAGAAAACUCAGCAACUGCGACUGACGAUUGGGUUCCUUUACGGACAAAAGGUCCAGCUUUAAUGAGAUACUCAGGAGUCAUUUGGCAAUUGUUAUCGGUGGAGACAAAUGAAUCUGUUUGAAAACUUCUGGAGAUUUUGUGAGAUCAAGAGAGUGGUAUGUUGGGGAUCAGUUUACUUCUUUAUUGCUUCUCCUCUCGAAUCAUUUGCGGUUGAGUAACCUGUUUCUGUCUCCAAAGCACUUGUUUAUUCUUUACUUGGAUGAUGGUUUUCAGGUAAUGCUUCUAACUUUGAUUGAAACAGAACUUAAAAUGCCUGCACAACGGUGCUGCAGGUAAUGAGAAAAGCUUGUUAUUUCAACUGUCCUUUGUAUGCAUGCUGUGAUUUAUCAGUAGUUACAGGCUUAUCAAUGUUUGAUGAAUAAACAAAUAUGUAAGCUCAUUAUUUAUGAUAUGGAGAAUGUGAUGCUUCAUUUGCAGUGUUUACAGUUUUUUAUGAUGUUGUAUAGUUGUCUUAUCUACAGCAAUACACAUCGCACUUCCCCCUAAUAAUUUUGGAGGAAAUGUUCUAUCUCACCGGUGUUGGAAUAGAUCCCAAGUUUGGAUUCCCCAACCCUAUUAUUGAAAAAAAAAAAAAAAAACAGCUCCUAUAUGGUCUUGGGAGAUAUUUGUUUUCCCUCAACAGGUUUUGGUCUGACAAACCAACUUUUGUCCCUGUAGUAUGUGUAUUUUGUGGUUUGAAAAAGGCGAUAUGAAUCGAAGUCGCAAAGUUUAUAGGACGGGGUUGAUCUGAGGAUGAUGUUCUCUCUGCUUUCAAACUGCCCUUAGUGAACAAGAUGGAAUGGACGUCAAGAAUGAUUGUCAAAUACUGGGUUGUUGACUCUCUAUUUGUAUUGAACUUGGUAGGAUGGGAUUCGAUAUCUUUUGUUGUACACGUUUUGCAAAUUUCCAUUAUAUGAUGAGAAUUUUGGGUAGGGGAAUCCCAUUCGGGUCACCUUUCCUAUGUCUACGAAAACCUAUAAUGUUGGUUAAUACUAUAUUGAAGCUUUGGUGACUUUGGAAGAGCAAGUGAUUGGUAGAUUUGAACGUUAUGAGAUGCUUCUUGCAUUUGCUGCUUGCAACCCAAGUGUAAUUGUCAAUCAUUUCCGCUUGUCAUGAGAUGAAGAAAUAAACUUAUGUGCUAUAAAUUCACAUUAUCCUC